GUAUUUACCUGACUAAUAGCUUACAGAAUGAUAGACUCAGAGAGACCUUGUUGGCUUCUUAUAACAGGUUGUUGUUUUAAUGAUUGCAAGCCGAAUAGAAAUGAUCGUUUUAUAAUGACACGACAGACGAGCUCAAUUUCAUUGUCAGACAAGAGUCAAGUCAAAGAGUUGUCAGGACAGUCUAGUGCUAUGUGUGUGUAUUGGAACAAAAUACUUCAUAAGUUUCAUUCAUCUGAUUUAUAGUAUUAUGAUCUUCAAUCAUUAUGUAAGUUUUAAAAAUCUUAAAAUGUUUUGAUGGAUGUGGACUAUCAACUAGUGCUAGCCCAUUGUCUACUUUCAGUCUUGUGCUUAACUUCCUGCCUUCAACUGAGACGGUCAUGGAUGAAGGAAGACUAGGUGCAGCCAAGCGUGGCUCCAGACGCAUCAGGAAAGUCACCCAUAUUCUGAAUGAGAUUGUAAAGAAUAAACAAGUUGUAUAUCAACACUGUCUGUCCCGCGAGCAGCAAGAGUCCAGCAGCAAGCUACUGACCCAAGUGGUCAGAGUCAGGAAAGAUGUAGUUAAGAAACGAGUUUUGCUACAGUGUCUGAACAUGAGAAAGCAGAGCAGCUCAGCGUCAUCCUCCCUAGAUUCUCUGGGCGCCUAUGGAGGUCAACCUUUGUCUUCUUUCUCGCGAGACGUUGACCAGAGAAUAGCAUGGUACCAUCCCAAACUUCGACGUCAUAGAUAUGUAGAGAGAGUUAAACAAAACUGUGCGGAUCAAGGCGCCAUUUUAAAUGAACACGAGGCUAAAACUAAAAUGGAUAGUUUUUUCAAACAACUUCGAGAAGACGAAGAGAGAAGAGCCUUGACCUUGGCCCAACAACGUCUCACUACCCGAGUCCAAAAGAAAACUUUCAGACGUCUUGGUGGACUGCUAGUCACUGACGAGGACGCGCCGAGGGAUGGAGACUUUCCAGAUCCAUUCGGCACUGUCAAGAAAGUCUACGAUGAAAACCCUUUUGAAAAACUGGCAAGUUUGAGGCCAAGCUAUUAUAAGAUGGAUCUUUUCCGGGGGGCUAGAGCUGACACAACAUUAAGCAAUGUGCAGAGACACUCAGUCAAAGAAAAAUCUCAAUCCAAUAACUUGGCCUCCCUUGGUGAAAGUUCUACAACUCCAUUGCCAGGAACGACAAUCAAAAGACAAACUUCGCCAUCAACAUCUGAUAACAGAAUAUCCCACAGAACAAGGUCAAGGAUGCUUGACAGACAUGAUAUUUUAAGUCCUAUUAACAAUGUUACUAAUGAAACAAUGGCUGAUAUAAACAAACCUGUUCGAGACCAUUCCUUAGUUCUUCCUCCAAUUAGUAUGACCAAAUCCAUGGUCAAACCAUAUUAAUAAUGUACAGUAAAUAACAAGUGAAUUUUCAAAUGAAAGUUUGUUCGUUGUUAUGUUAUGUUAUAAAAAUGUAAUGUCUCAUGUCUCGGUGGAUGUUAUGUUGUAGUGGGUAUUUAUUUUGGAUGUGAUCUUAGCGGAUGUUAUUUCUUAGUCGAUAAUAUGUCUCAAUAGAUGUUAUAUCUCAAUGGAUGUUAUAUCUCAAUGGAUGUUAUGUCUCAGUGGAUGUUAUGUCUAAGUGGAUGUUAUGUCUCAAUGGAUGUUAUGUCUCAAUGGAUGUUAUGUCUCAGUGGAUGUUAUGUCUCAGUGGAUGUUAUGUCUCAAUAGAUGUUAUGUCUCAGUGGAUGUUAUGUCUCAGUGGAUGUUAUGUCUCAGUGGAUGUUAUGCCUAAGUGGAUGUUAUGUCUCAGUGGAUGUUAUGUCUCAAUGGAUGUUAUGUCUCAGUGGAUGUUAUGUCUCAGUGGAUGUUAUGUCUCAGUGGAUGUUAUGUCUCAGUGGAUGUUAUGCCUAAGUGGAUGUUAUGUCUCAGUGGAUGUUAUUUCUCAGUGGAUGUUAUAUCUCAAUGGAUGUUAUGUCUCAGUGGAUGUUAUUUCUCAGUGGAUGUUAUAUCUCAAUGGAUGUUAAGUCUCAAUGGAGGUUAUGUCUCAGUGGAUGUUAUGUCUCAGUGGAUGUUAUGUCUCAGUGGAUGUUAUGUCUCAGUGGAUGUUAUGCCUAAGUGGAUGUUAUGUCUCAGUGGAUGUUAUUUCUCAGUGGAUGUUAUAUCUCAAUGGAUGUUAUGUCUCAGUGGAUGUUAUUUCUCAGUGGAUGUUAUGUCUCAGUGGAUGUUAUUUCUCAGUGGAUGUUAUGUCUCAGUGGAUGUUAUGUCUCAGUGGAUGUUAAGUCUCAAUGGAUGUUAUGUCUCAGUGGAUGUUAUGUCUCAAUGGAUGUUAUGUCUCAGUGGAUGUUAUGUCUCAGUGGAUGUUAUGUCUCAGUGGAUGUUAUGUCUCAGUGGAUGUUAUGCCUAAGUGGAUGUUAUGUCUCAGUGGAUGUUAUUUCUCAGUGGAUGUUAUAUCUCAAUGGAUGUUAUGUCUCAGUGGAUGUUAUUUCUCAGUGGAUGUUAUAUCUCAAUGGAUGUUAUGUCUCAGUGGAUGUUAUUUCUCAGUGGAUGUUAUAUCUCAAUGGAUGUUAUGUCUCAGUGGAUGUUAUGUCUCAGUGGAUGUUAUGUCUCAGUGGAUGUUAAGUCUCAAUGGAGGUUAUGUCUCAGUGGAUGUUAUGUCUCAAUGGAUGUUAUGUCUCAGUGGAUGUUAUGUCUCAGUGGAUGUUAUGUCUCAGUGGAUGUUAUGCCUAAGUGGAUGUUAUGUCUCAGUGGAUGUUAUUUCUCAGUGGAUGUUAUAUCUCAAUGGAUGUUAUGUCUCAGUGGAUGUUAUUUCUCAGUGGAUGUUAUAUCUCAAUGGAUGUUAUGUCUCAGUGGAUGUUAUUUCUCAGUGGAUGUUAUAUCUCAAUGGAUGUUAUGUCUCAGUGGAUGUUAUGUCUCAGUGGAUGUUAUGUCUCAGUGGAUGUUAUAUCUCAAUGGAUGUUAUGUCUCAGUGGAUGUUAUGUCUCAGUGGAUGUUAUGUCUCAGUGGAUGUUAUGUCUCAGUGGAUGUUAUGUCUCAGUGGAUGUUAUGUCUCAGUGGAUGUUAUGCCUAAGUGGAUGUUAUGUCUCAGUGGAUGUUAUUUCUCAGUGGAUGUUAUGUCUCAGUGGAUGUUAUUUCUCAGUGGAUGUUAUAUCUCAAUGGAUGUUAUGUCUCAGUGGAUGUUAUGUCUCAGUGGAUGUUAUGUCUCAGUGGAUGUUAAGUCUCAAUGGAGGUUAUGUCUCAGUGGAUGUUAUGUCUCAGUGGAUGUUAUAUCUCAAUGGAUGUUAUGUCUCAGUGGAUGUUAUGUCUCAGUGGAUGUUAUGUCUCAGUGGAUGUUAAGUCUCAAUGGAGGUUAUGUCUCAGUGGAUGUUAUGUCUCAGUGGAUGUUAAGUCUCAAUGGAGGUUAUGUCUCAGAGGAUGUUAUUUCUUAGUGGAUGUUAUGUCUCAGUGGAUGUUAUUUCUUAGUCGAUGAUAUGUCUCAGUGGAUGUUAUGUCUCAAUGGAUGUUAUGUCUCAGUGGAUGUUAUGUCUCAGUGGAUGUUAUGUAACAGUGAAACCAUAUUUUUAAAUGUAUUUAUAUUAACUUGAGCGCCGCACAAAUCUUUUUUUUUAUAUUGUCCAGACUUUUGAAAUCUAUGCGACAAAAUAUUUUGUUUCUUCAUGCUUGAAUUCUUAACCACUGAACUGAAGAAGGAAGGAUGUACCUCGUAAUGUUUGAACUGAAGAAGGAAGGAUGUACCUCGUAAUGUUUGAACUGAAGAAGGAAGGAUGUACCUUGAAAUGUUUGAACUGAAGAAGGAAGGAUGUACAUCGUAUUGUUUGAACUGAAGGAAGGAUGUACCUUGUAAUGUGUGAUGCCAUUGAGGACGCUUCAGUUGGUGUCCAGGAAAUUCUUCUCAGUGGUCAAAGAGCUCAUGAGGCGGUCUACAUUAGUGGACUGUAGUCACAAUAAUCCAGGGUUCGAACCCUACCCUCCGCCUUUUAUUUUUACAUCCUAGAUGCUCACUAACAGUUUUUGACAAAAUCGCAACCUUGGGACAGUUAUUCGCAAAAAAAACGAAAGCUAUCAAACUGUUGUAGUUUAUUUUCGGUAUUUCCCCCCCAAAAAAAGGCGCAUUCUACAUAUAAAGCAUUUAAAAAAUCACACACAUUCCGAAUUGUUUAAACAAUCGUUUUCUUUGUCACUAAGUCUACUUCAUAGACUUUAUCUAGACUUCAUAGACUUUAUCUAGACUUCAUAGACUUUAUCUAGACUUCAUAGACUUUAUCUAGACUUCAUAGACUUUAUCUAGACUUCAUAGACUUUAUCUAGACUUCAUAGACUUUAUCUAGACUUCAUAGACUUUAUCUAGACUUCAUAGACUUUAUCUAGACUUCAUAGACUUUAUCUAGACUUCAUAGACUUUAUCUAGACUGGACAUGGAGAUUUUUGAACACUACAAAAAAUGUCGUGAAAACUUUUUAGAAAGUUGGAUCAAGGCGUUGUUUUGUAAAGUAGUUAAAAGAAGUAAAGUUGUUGUUUUUUCAACCCUAACCUAUGUAACAUUUCAUUAAAUUUUUAGAUAUAGAUCAAGUAAUUGAACAUCAAAAAUCAGAGUACUGUAGUCUUAUAAUUAUUGUUUUGCAAAUUUUAGAUACAUAAUCUGAAAGAUCUAGGUAAUCAAUCUAUUUAAAUGUACAUUAGAUGAUUUUAAUCAACAUGAAUUAUUUCCAUCUAGGAUUUUUGUAACAUUAUCUCAAUGGAAACAAACAGGAAAUGGUUUUGUUUCAUAUUGUUAGACACCUUAUUUAUAUAGGUUAGUUAUUUUAGUUAUUUAGCGACGCACCAUAGUAGACGCAUAUUGAACGGGACUAGUGACGUUUGGGAUAUGUUGGGUUAGAGACCGGAAAAUCAGUUAGCGAUAGAACAAUCCAGGGUAACGACGUGUUUAGUGACAGAGACUUAUACUGUGGCCUUUUAUCAGAAUAAAUCUAUGUGAACUUGUCCAUCAUCGUUGACUACAUCUCUUCACUAGUUAUAAUCGAUGUGCCAGUUCUUGUUUGACUUGUUGGUCAACUGCACGUAAUACACCCGAACAAUUACACCCAAACGAUUGCAGAGUAAUUGGUUGACUUCAAGACAGCCUGAACUAGCAACAUCACAGUGGCGACCCCGACGCCCGAAGCCCGAACAUCGAACCGGACCUCGAAGCAGAACGUUUACUCAGGUGAGGGUCGUGCACUCGAAGAUAUAAGAUUUCAUCGGAGUACGGCUGAACACAGCAUCAUCGCAGAGUGACUUUGUUCUGGAUCUACAAGCAGUCGUCGCCUGUUUGAUCGCACGUUCAACGAGCCGUUAACUCAGGGUGACCUUCGUCAGGACCGUAAUCAUCGCAACGUCUGGUCUACUUAACCAGUAUAGUAUCAAAGCCUGAUCUUCAUAUGCUGAAUCGACCUACAACCAGAGAAACCGUUCGUUCAUAACGGGUGAGAGAUCGUUAGUGAACCUGUUGGACAUAUUUUUUCUUCGUCAUAGGAGCCACAUUGAGUAUCAAGUUUUACCUCGUCAGUUUCGAGAAGGACAGUUUGCCCGCUGUCAGAAGUAUUGUGAGUACUACAAGUUUGGUAGCUAACUAAAUCGAAAUCGCUCUGUCGUCUUACCCUUGGAGAGAUUCUUGUGGAGCAGUUUGCUCAUUGAACCGGUUGCUUGCCACGUUUAUAACGGUCACUGUGUUUAACCUUUGGAAGGUUAGUAAAGUUGUAUGUAUCAUUACUGAACAUUGAUAUAUUUAGUAUUCGUCGGUCUAGACCAUAUCUAGACGUGCUGAUAUUGUUGUGGAAAUAGCUACAUCCACUUAAUUUCGUUGAAAACCGUUAAUCGUCUAACGGAACGUCGUCGGAGGUGACCUUGGUUUCACCUAGUCUACAUUGGACAGUUUGGUCUAGUGAAGCAGAGUACAACAGCAAACUUCGUCGUACUACCAGAGUAGCAGCAGAAGCAGUGAACUAUUUUAGAGAACCGUUAUUCGUCAGCCCAGAUCAAGUCAUCGUCAAGAAAGUCGUUAUUCGUCAGCCCAGAUCAAGUCAUCGUCAAGAAAGCCGUUAUUCGUCAGCCCAGAUCAAGUCAUCGUCAAGAAAUUCGUUAUUCGUCAGUCGUCCAGAUCAAGUUGCCGUCAAGAGACUGUUAUUUGUCAGUAGUCGUCUACACAAGUCAAGUCAUCGCCAGAAGAACCGUUAACCUAUUCGUCAGUAACUGUGUACACAAAGUCGUCGGAACUACACAUACGGUCAUCAACAGUCGUCGAAGAAACUGGAACAUUUUGCUGUGGCAUAUCAGGACAUCUGUGGCAUUACGUGGGAUACUGGUAGCACCGGAGAACAGAGUCAGAACUGGAAGAGAGGCAGUGGAAUUUGUUGUGAUCUAGCAUAUUCGGGAGUCCGAACAAAGGGAUCUUUCUUAUCAAAAGCUAAGUGCCAUUUUUCUUAUUAGUAUAUGUUUAGAUUGCCCUUAGAAAUAGAUUUUGUCUAAAUUUGGUACGUUAGCCUGAGUAAAAUCAGGUGGUGCGCCUUAAAACCCGUCGGGGUAGAAGACGUAAUUUAGAUGAAAAGCUAUAUUAUACAUUUAGGGUUGUAAUUUGUUUUGUUUGUGUAAACGUCAUAUCCGUUGUUGCCUGGUUACUUCGUGACGUUAUCAUUGUGUGCCAUAUUGUCACAUCCCAACCCAUAGUGAUAGUCUCAUUUAAUUAUUUCAUUUGUUUAUAUUAUUUUAAAUUAUUUAUUUUUAUUAAUUUAAUUAGAUCUGUAUUUUUUUUCACUUAAUGAUAGAAAGUGCGGGUAGGAUUCUUUCAUUGUGAAUCAGACUAAAAUAAUUUUUAGUUUGAGCGGUUAGAAUCAAAUAUGAUUUUGCCAUGAGAAUAAUGCCGAAACUGGCUAUGUAGUCAAACACUAUCGUCUGGCUAAAUUUAGAUCUGCAAAUUGUUGUACAUCUCUUUGGUACAAUUUGAUUAUCUAGACUCUAAUUUGAAAUAUUAUUAAUUGGAAGAUGAAUGAAGAUUACUGUCAGUGAAGAACAAUUGUGACUUGUGAGGUGCCCAUAGGAUGCCACAUUUUCCUCUAUGAUGAACUGUGUACUAAGGAGGAUGAUUCUGGAAUGUUAUGAACUGUUAUGAACAUUGACAUGAAUAUGAGGAACUGUCAAGAUGAAGAUGUCAAGAUGAAAAUGUCAAGAUUUUAUGUUUGUGGUCUUCCCCUUAAAUUGAAAAUGCCCUUGUAAGACUUGACAGUAGUGGAAAAAUAUUGACAUAUUUUUUUUUCAAGGGGGGGAGGAAUCUGUUAGACACCUUAUUUAUAUAGGUUAGUUAUUUUAGUUAUUUAGCGACGCACCAUAGUAGACGCAUAUUGAACGGGACUAGUGACGUUUGGGAUAUGUUGGGUUAGAGACCGGAAAAUCAGUUAGCGAUAGAACAAUCCAGGGUAACGACGUGUUUAGUGACAGAGACUUAUACUGUGGCCUUUUAUCAGAAUAAAUCUAUGUGAACUUGUC